AUGUCGAAGCCCUUUUCUCGCAAUGAUUACACCGUCGCAUGGAUCUCCGUUCUGGCCGUGGAAUUGAGGGCUGCGAUGUCCAUGCUAGACGAGGUGCACGAGAGUCUACCGAGGCCAAUUUCUGACCCGAAUAUUUACAGGCUUGGGAAAAUUUCUGGUUACGGGGUAGUUAUCGCGUCUCUCCCUCCUGGCGUUUAUGGAACUGCCUCAGUAGCUACCGUGACCGCACAACUGUUAUGUGCGUUCCCCAAGAUUCAGGCUGCUCUACUGGUAGGAAUUGGAGGCGGCGCGCCCAGCGAAGCAGUCGAUAUUCGAUUAGGAGACAUCGUGGUCGGGCUCUCCGAACGUGGAAACGGUGCCAUAUUGGAAUACGAUCCGGAAAGGCAUGGCUCUCGUGUGCGUUUCAUAACCACACGGCCAUCAGUAACACUUCUCAACGCGGUGCGCUCCCUUAAAAACGACACUUUUAUUCGUGGCAGCCCACUGCCCGAUGCUUUGAGCAACUUGUUGAAGAGACAUCCGCUGUUGAUUAAUCUCUUUUCCUAUCCAGGAAGUGAGAAAGACCUACUUUUCGAUACCUCAUAUGAACAUGUACAUGUGCAGGGUUUACUAGAUUGCUCCAAUUGUUGUCGCGACCGACUAAUCAGGCGACCCCCAAGGCCUUCUCAUGGGCCGCAUGCACAUUAUGGACGCAUUGCGUCAGGAAACAGCGUCUACGAUAAUGGCCUACUUCGUGACCAGAUAUCACAAGAACACCAAGUGCUUUGCUUUGAGCAUGAAGCAGCAAGCUUGCUGGACAGCUUUCCUUGUUUGGUCAUUCGCGGUAUAUGUGACUAUGCAGACUCGCAUAGGAAUAGAUGGUUCCAUGGAUAUGCGGCAGCAACAGCAGCUUGUUUUGCAAAAGAGGUCAUCUCCCGUCUGUCGCUGGAUGAGAUGCAAAGCACCAUGGUGGACGGACUAGGCGAAUAUACAGAGUCUCACGAAACCGAAGUCUGGCAGGAUCCUGCAGCGGCAGUGAAACAACUUCCUGGCGACAAGAAAGAACUAACAGUGGUGGACGCGCCUACCAAUUCCUCAGUUCAAUACAAGAGCAUCCUCGAAAUGCAACAAGCCGAAGUUGCACUUGAAAUUCUUGCCCAACGAAAGGGGCUGGGACCGGGUUGGCGGGAGUCAAUAGUUGACCUUCUCAACUUGCUUGGCCUGGACAGCAGCCUUCAAACCCGCUACCAGCUAGCAAACCUUCUUAACGUUCAUACUGGUUCGCCAAAUUCGGCUGUGCAAAACAUCUCACUUCACCAGGCAGUUCUUCAGGAGUUAGCACGGAAUGGGGGUGAGCUCCCAGCAAACAUGAGAAAUCAGCUAGUCAGCGCCGAAUUUCGCGCGACAGAGGAAGCAUCAGUCAGCGACGAAAGCGACGUUGAAACCAUUUUCUCGGAUGAUUCAAUAGCCUCUUCACAGUCCUCGUCAAGUCAGACCGCAAAUCCUGCGUUGGAGAUAGCAUACCUGUUCUUCAAAAACGAAACUCUGAGUCCUCUUUUUGAGAUCGCGCUUGCAAAUUACAAUAUUAGCAAGUUAAGAAAAAGGCUGAAGCGCCUAAUAUCUGAUUAUGGGCGUGAUUUGGAAUCUGAGGCUUCCAGUGACAUCCAGACUGAAGUCGCAAAGUUUCUUCAAGGAGCGGCACGACGAGUCACGAUACAGCUUACCAGGGCAAUGGUGUCAGAAAUAAAGUAUGACUUCGUCUCCAAUCGUAGAGGAAUCAACAAGCUUCUUGAGUCAUUGCCAGCCAAUCAACAGACCCCGUCUGAUCCAAUUCAAAAGACCGCUGAUUCCGCCGAUUCCGCUGAUCACCCUCAAGAGGCAUUAUCUGACAGCGAUUCCGAUCAAUUGGAGUCUGAGAGCGACCUUGCUCUACAGACACUCGAGGAGGUUGAACACUUUAUGGUUGUAUCCAGGGCAUUCAACACUCUGGUGGACGAGUUGCGGAAAUGGCUUGGGGUACUGGACGAGGCCCUCGAUGACUCUACCCAAAAUAGACUUUCAGAGACGAGCGAUCCCAUCUUCUGUGAGAUGGAUGACAAUAACGACACAGACCGGAGAGGUACUUCUUCAGUCCUUGAAACAUCUCUGCAGCAGCUCGAGGUUGGUGCAAACCAGACCAGUUCUCAAACGAUGGCGCCAACCUUUGUGCGCCGACUUGUAUCAGCACUUGCCGUGUUGGAACCCGUGUUUUGGCCGAAGGCUCCAGAAGGAUUCAAACGCAUAACAUGGAGGAGUCCUCUCGGAAAGCCUCUCUACAUUGAUGUCAGAGAGCGCGUGGAUGGUGCAGCAGAGCGACUGCAAGAAAGAUUCAGAGCAUCUGCUCAAAAGACGUCAGCUGCUUCCUCUUCUCCUUCCUCAUAUUCGUCUUCUCCAGGGCCGUCUUCAAGUGGCACAUUCGUUACGACACCAAGCGUGCCUCCGACUGCCCAUGUCGUGGGCAGCCCCUCUAACCAGUCCUCUAGAAGGGAACAUGAUCAGCCUGGUCGGACUGUGUCAGCAAUAAUACCAGAUCAUAUCCGCCAGAUGGACCGGAAAUAUCUUCUUGUUUGUUUCAGCACACAUAAAUCUGAGAUUCUCAAGGAAAUCGAUGUGACGUUCUACGCAAGAGAUCAAAGUCUCUUUGAUAGUCUUCGCCUCAAUUACCGUGCUAUUAAGACAGAAGAAUCAGGGUUUUCCAAUGUACCAUUCCUAAGAUCAGUGGAGAUGCCUUCUUGGCUCUCCUGGUGUUUGGGUGACUUGCACCUCUACAAGCCGGAGAAGAUUAACUUUGUCUCUUUCAAAUUAAUGCCUCUUGGUGAAGUCCCCACGCCGUUCAAUAUACGGGCCCCUUCCCUUCCCCCCGAGCAGGAAGUCCGCAUGAAGAAGUGGCAUUACUCCCCAUGUCCCAUUGAGGUCGAAGAGUGGGCUAUAAGUAAAGCUUUUGCGACGAAGCUUCUCGAACCCGGACAUGCCUUCCGAGACGCCCAGUGGUUGGAACUCUUUCCGAAGAAAUUACUCUUGUCUUUUUCCCAGGAGCCUAGUAACAAGACUAUCUUAUGGGGUAUUAAUAUCGUUGAAGGCGUGAACAAAGCUGCUGUUGCAUGGCUGGCCCUAUUAGUGAUGAUUUCAAGCGCAGCGUUGGGUCUUAUCUACUCGCUUGCUUCGCAUGAUGUUUCCGCGGCUUUCACGUUAGCGGCGUGGUUUGCGACUUUUGCUUCUCUUUCCAUUACAUAUUUUCAAUUUAAAAGGUAA